UUCAAUUUAAUAUAUUUUUGCAGUCAUUUACCCGUCAAUUUCAAAAUGAGCCGCAAGUAGAUUUGGAAAAUGAUUUUCUCAACUUUGAUGAAGAGGACGAAAACGAAGGAUUUACCGACGCCGAUCUGAUGGGCGAUCUACUUGACUGGGACCCUCAACCCGGACGUAUGUCGAACCACUGCAGUCCCGAUCGCUUGGAGGAUAACCGAAGCUGGCAGAGUGCCGGUGGUAACAAUUUUAAUUCCGCACAGCAACAGGAUGUGGAGGAGGUGGGCUCUAUAAAUCAGCAACCCCUUGCUGUCGGCUACAUGGUUUCCACGGCACCAACCGGACGCAUGCCCUCGUGGUUUUGGUCAGCCUGCCCGCACCUGGAAGAUGUAUGUCCAGUAUUUUUGAAAACAGCACUGCAUCUCCACGUGCCGAACAUACAGACCACCGAUGAUAUACUUAACUCGACAAAUGCGCAUUCGUCAGCCACAGAUCACCCAUUGGAUUCAUCCCUCACUGCCGAUGUACUGCGUUUCGUAUUGGAAGGUUACAAUGCUUUGUCCUGGCUUGCAUUGGACUC